CGCUCGCGUGCCGUCAGCGGCGCAUGCGCGCUGGGGGUGACACAGCUGCUGCUGCUGCAAAAGGCCCCAGCGAUGUAAACACAGAAACUUCUACAUACUGUAGGUUUACAAGGAAUUUUAACAGCAGAAAAAAACAUAGGAUGUAUGAAAUAAUAAGAGCACUUAUUUAUAACAAAAAAUACUGCAUCAAAUUGAGCAAGAUUGCAAUCAAAUCAUACACCAAAAUUACUAUUAGUCCCACGACGGGGACAUUUGCAGGAGAGCAGCAGCAGCUUGGACAGAUCAACGAGAUCAAAACAAGAUUAAUAAAUAAGUAAUCACACAAUUAAGUUAUAUCAAAUAAGAAAGAAUUAAAAAACAUAAACAAAAAUACAAAAUAAUAAUAAGUGGAAUGCAAACAUUACAGCAGGGUAAUCUCAAAUUAACUUAAAGCUAUCAAAUAAAUAAAACAACUUUUGAGAGUUCUCGUCUUUAACAAUUUUAUUUUGAAGCAAAUUAUAUCUAGUGGCGAAACGGUGGAAUUACAACUUUCGGGUAAGUCACGUGACGCUCCCAAAAGACAAGACGGCUGUAAUUUAGCAGAUUUCUUUUUUUUUAAAGGUGAAUAAACGUCGCAAUAUGAACACCUGACCAGCCUUAAUUUAAAUGAAUAGGUCCUAAAAUAAUAAUAAUAAUAAUAAUAAUAAUAAUGUAAAAAUGCAGUAACGGCUGAAUCCAGAGCGAGAGCUGAACGAGAACAAGAACACCGGGGGCGGGGCUAAAGGGAAACUCUGGUGCGCAUGCUCCACAGGCCCCGCGGCAACAUCCGGGUAUCUUCCACUGAACUUCACGCUCGGAAGGCGGAAGUUGAACCGGUGCUCUAAACCUCCGCAGGCAGGUUACGGAACUCUUUGGCACAGAGAGUAUAAGUGAUAAGAUAACGGCGACCAAUGGGAGACAAGGACGACGACACGUGUUGGUGGGUGCAUUUAUUUAUGUUCCAUGGUUAGUUAUCAGCCUCCGCGCGGACGGAGACGUUCAGGGACGCAUCUGACUGACAUUGCGUAACCGGACCUCCAGAGGCAGCAGGACCGAGGAUGAGCUCGCUGCACAGACAGCUGAGUCAGCUGCUCGGAGCAUGGAGGAGGAAGAGGAGGGUGGAGGUUUCUCUGUACACGGCCUCUGGCUUUCACUGCAGGACCUUCUGCUCCUCCUCUUCAGAACCAGCAGACCCCCUAGAGAUCCACAAGAAGAAGGUCUUCCUGUGGUUCAGCCACCUUCCUCAGGAGGAGAAACAGUUUGGAGGUUACUUCAGCCCAGAGACCAUGCAUGUGGAUCCACUGGUCCUGGAACGAGAGGCCGAGGAGAGGGCAGGUGUACUCAGUUCCCCUCUCCAGACCCAGACCCCCUCCACCCCCUCUGUUACUGUGGAACAGCUGUUUGAGCCCACCGACACCUGGAUUGAGGGCCGGGGGCUCAACGUGCUGCUGUACGGCGCCGUGGGAACCGGGAAGAGCACAGUGGUCCGGAAGCUGGUGCUGGAUUGGUGCGCUGGCAGAACCCUGACCCACUUCAAGUUGCUGGUUCCUUUUUCUUGUGAGGACCUCGGCCAACUGUCAAAGGUGGCUUCCUUAAGGGACCUGGUGAGCAGGAAGUACCGCCACCUGAGAAAACACCCCUUGUUGAGUGGGGAGGGCGACCAGGCCAAGGAAGUGCUCUUUGUCUUCAACGGGAUGGAGAAGAUGAAUCUGGAUUUCAGAAUUGGAGCCACGGAGCUUUGCAGUGAUCCUGAUGAGGCGCUGCCUCCAGGUGUGGUGGUGGUCAACCUGUUGAGGAAAUACCUCCUGCCUGAGGCCAGCAUCUUGGUUACCACCAGACUGUCGGCCCUGGACCGCGUCCCCCAGAAGUAUGUGAGUCGCUACGCUCAGAUCUGUGGCUUCAACGACCCGGACCGCCAGCGCGCCUACUUCAACAGCCGCCUGCUGCAGCAGGGCGGUGGGUCGGCCCGGAGCCACGAGGCGCACGCCCUCAUCGAGCUGCUGUACCUCAACCUCCAGAGAGAGAGCCAGCUGGCCGCCGCCUGCUUCCUCCCCUCUUACUGCUGGCUCACGUGCGCCACCUUGCACUUCCUCCAUUUCACCGACGCCAAGGCGCCCAUCCGCACGCUGACCGGCAUUUACACCAGCUUCCUCCGGCUGAACUUCGGAGGCGAGGUGCUGGGCACGGGAGCGGGUACCAACGUGCCCAUCCAGAACCAGCCCAGCUCCCUGAUGCUGUACGUGGUCCGCACGCUCGGGAAACUCGCGUUCGACGGCGUGACCGACAAACGCACGUCGUUCUCGGAGGAGGAGCUGGAGCAGUGGAUCGGAGGCAAGACCAAGACGGACGAGGAGCUCCGGCAGCUGGCCAUGUUCCGCACCGACGUGCUGGACUUCUUCUUGGCUCCCAGCGUCGAGGGCGGCAGGCGUCUUCCGGCGGAGAACGGCGAGCACGACGCGAGGCGCUACGUGUUUGCCGUCCCGGCCAUGCAGGAGUACCUGGCGGCGCUCUACGUGGUGCUGGGAGAGAACAAAUCGGCCCUGGAGAAGCUGACCACUCAGGUGUCCGCCGCCAUCGGCCAGGCGAGCGAAGACGUCAACGCUCUCGUCAACAUCCUCUCAAAGUUCAUCCCCCUCCGAAUAUUUGCCGUGUUCAACCUGCUGAAGCUUUUUCCGAAGCUCUUCGAGAAAAUCAGCAGUCGCAACAAAGGCAGCAUCGCCAGAACCAUGGCGGCCGAGAUGUUCCGCACCGAGGACAGCUACAACGAGGACGUCCUGGACCAGGUGGAGCAAAGCCUGCUGGGAGUCCACGGCCCGCACCCAAAGCAGUACUGCGAGGGCCGGCCGUUUGAGCUCUACCCCAUCUUUAUGGGUGGACUGUUGCAUUAUGGGAACCGUGUCCUCCUCCAGCAACUCGGGUGCAGCAUUCAGAGCACCACCGUGGCCCAGAUCACACAGGCCCUGAGGAAGUACCUCGUCAGAGGUACUGUGUGCAUGCUGUGUUUUUCAUGUUUGAAGAACUUGAAACCUGUGAGGAACUCUUCCCACGGUAAGUUCUGGUUACCUCAAAACAUCUUGAAUACCUUUUUUAAGUCUCUUUUCUCUUCUUUAAUUCUAGAGCUCAGCAAGCCACAGCCGCCAGAGGAGCUGAUGGAUCUGCUGGUUCUUCUGUACGAGUUCCAGAACCCCAGAGUGACUGCAGAGGUUCUGGCCUCCAUCAGAACCAUCAACCUCACCAACAUCCGGAUGACGCCACUCAAGUGCUUCGUUCUGAGUUCUGUGCUCUCGUGCACGCCUGCAAGUUAUCACCUGGAGGAGAUGAACCUGUCCUCCUGCCUCCUGACUCACGACAUGCUUCAGCUGCUGUGGCCGGCCUUCAGGCACACGCACAACCUCAAUCUGCAGUAUAACAGCCUGGGUCCUGAGUCCUGCGUCCUCCUGAGAGAUCUGCUGCUCGACCCCAUGAGCUCGAUUAGAUCUCUACAGCUGUGUGACAACCCGCUGCUGGAGUCCGGAGCCUGCACCCUGCUGGAGGCUUUGCCGGAGAACCAAUCCCUGACGCACCUGUCCCUGAUGCACACGGGUCUGGGGGACCGGGGGGCCCUGGAGCUGGCCGAGAGGCUCCGGCAGCACACGGGGCUCCUGGAGCUCAACGUGGCCUACAACAACAUCGGGGACAACGCUGCGCUGGCUUUGGUGGACGCCUGCAGGGAGCAUCCCAGCAUUCACACCGUGCACUUGUAUCUGAACCCUCUCAGCGAUGUGGGGAAGCAGACCCUGUACGUCCGAGGCGUUCCUGAGAGCCAAGGCGGCCGGCGGGUCAAGGUCCUGGCUUCCGUCAUCGAGGGUGCCGACAUCUCCGAGGACUGGCACCCCAUCCUCACCGUCAUACGGGAGAACGCCUCGUCCUGGGACCGCCAGCGCGUCCAACAGCAGCUAAAGGUGUUCCUCAGGGAUCUGGACUGGGGCCGCCAGCAGCAGCAGCAGAGCCUCUGGAAGAGGAUGCACUUCCGACGGGUGGAGAUGGGCGUCCGGAAGACGCUGAAGAUGCUGGAGAAGGACGACCCGCCUCCGUCGUCGGGAGUCAACCAAUGAGCUGCAGACGGGGGGGAGAGAGAGGCGGGACUUAAUUCAGACACUUUGUUUUUAGCACUUUAGCUUCGGAAAUGUCAACGAAGAAAAAAGGGAUAUUUAGAAUAAUGCAAUAAAUAAAUGCUCCUCUGAAAAUACCUUGAAAUGAUAACAAAUUUAGUUCCAAAUGGAAACUGUAAAUCUGCAUGUUUUGAGUGCUGGUUAUGGGAUGUAACCCUGAAUUAAAGUUAAAUCUCACUAUUUAUGAUUAAAGUUAAGUUUUGAACUUUAAAUUGAUAUGAGAUCCCCCCCCCCAAAAAAAAAGAAAAAGCCUUAACUGUAAAUACCAACAAACAAACAAAAGCACUUUACUGCGACAUAUCAUGUGACCGUGAUGACAUCAUAACAUGUGACAGUGAUGACAUCAUAACAUGUGACCGUGAUGACAUCAUAACAUGUGACCGUGAACACAUCAUAACAUGUGACAGUGAUGACAUCAUAACAUGUGACCGUGAUGACAUCAUAACAUGUGGCCGUGAUGACAUCAUAACAUGUGACAGUGAUGACAUCAUAACAUGUGACCGUGAUCACAUCAUAGCAUGUGGCCGUGAUGACAUCAUAACAUGUGACAGUGAUGACAUCAUAACAUGUGACCGUGAUGACAUCAUAACAUGUGACCGUGAUGACAUCAUAACAUGUGGCCGUGAUGACAUCAUAACAUGUGACAGUGAUGACAUCAUAACAUGUGACCGUGAUGACAUCAUAACAUGUGACAGUGAUGACAUCAUAACAUGUGGCCGUGAUGACAUCAUAUCAUGUUAUGAACAAUUGUGGGUUUAUAUUCUUUUGUUUUUCUUCAGAGAUGAAAAAAUAAUUUUGUUGUCCAAAUAAAGAAAUGUUGCAUGAAUAAAUCUUUAAUAUUC